AAUAUCAACAGACUCUUCACUCCAAUUCUCCACCUCCGCCGCCGCCGCCAUGCAACCCUCCCAACCUCCUCCUCUUCCUCCUUCUCCUUCUCCACUCUAUUUAAAGUACUUGCGAGAGGAAGACAUGCCGCAAGCGUUCCCGGACUUCCUCUCCUCUCUUCCUUUAGAAGAAGGCUGGUUCCCCACCUCUCUCCGCUCGUACCAGGGCUUCUGGCUCCCCUCCUGGAUCUUGAAGCCCAUCCUCACUUGCCAAAACCAUUUCCAAGCUGACCCCUCCGACGUCCUCCUCGUCACCAGCCCGAAAUCCGGCACCACCUGGCUUGCGGCCAUCCUCUUCGCUCUUGUGAACCGUGCCAAGUACUCCGACUCCAGCUCGCAACGAUCCCACCCUCUCCUAACCCAAAACCCUCACGACCUCGUGCCCUCCUUGGAGUUCAACCUCUAUCUUAAGGAAGAAAAUCCCAACCUCGCUGCUUUAGCGCCCCCGAGGCUAUUCGGAACCCACAUGCCUUAUUCCUUGCUUCCACAGUCGGUGAGGGACUCCAACUGCAAGCUGGUUUACCUAUGCAGGAACCCCAAGGACAACUUCGUCUCGCUGUGGCACUUCGUCAACAAGCUGAGGCCGGAAGAGAAAGGCCAGAUUCCAAUCCAGGAGUGCCUCGACAAGUUCUGUCGAGGGCUGACCCCUUGUGGGCCUUACUGGGACCAUGUGCUAGGUUACCACAAGGCGAGCUUGGAGAUGCCGGAGAAGGUGCUGUUCAUGACGUACGAGCAGAUGAAAGGGGACCCGCAUGUUCAAGUGAGGAGGUUGGCCGAUUUCUUGGGGUGUCCGUUUGGCGAAGAAGAAUUGAGAGACGGGAUGGUGGAGGGAAUACUGAGGAUGUGUAGCUUCGAAAAUUUGACCGCGUUGGAGGUGAACAAGAGCGGGAAGCUGUCGACCGGAGAAGAUAGCAACUGGUACUUCAGGAGAGGCGAGGUCGGAGAUUGGGCGAACUACAUGAGCGCGGAGAUGGGGGAGAGGAUUGACGGCGUCACGGAAGAGAAGUUGCAUGGCUCUGGCUUGAAGCUUUGAAGUUCUGCUAAACAGAAAAAGCAUCAGCAGGCC